AUGUUGUUUAAAUCAUAUGCUAUCGCAACUCUUGUUGCUUCCGUUAUGGCCCAACCUUUAGGCCACCAACACCGUCACCACAACGAAGAGAGAGACGUUGCAGUUGUCACCAAAACCAACGUUGUUGUUGUAACUGCAGGUUCUGGUUCUGAAGUCACCAGUUCAGCUGUUGAGGUUUCCACUUCUCCUGUUGAGACUGCUUCUGCUUCUUCUCCAACCACCGCAGAGGAUACUUCUUCUGCUUCUGGAAGCUCUACUAGCUCCACUAGUACUUCUGAAUCUUCUGGUAGUUCUUCUGGUGGAAACGGUAUUACUUACACUCCUUACUCAAAUGAUGGUGGAUGUAAGUCCUCCUCCCAAAUUUCUUCCGAAGUUGGUAAGUUAUCAAGUUACGAUAUUAUUAGACUUUACGGUACCGACUGUAACCAAGUUGCUGCAGUUUUACUGGCUAAGGGUUCAUCGCAAAAGCUUUUCCUUGGUGUCAGCGAUGUCAGCGACAUCGCUGGUGGUGUCAAAACUAUCUCAUCUGCUGUUAAUGGUAACUGGGAUGAUAUUUACACCGUUUCCAUUGGUAAUGAGUUAGUUAACAGUGGUCUGGCUACUCCUUCUCAAGUGAAGCAAUACGUUCAAUCUGGUAAGUCAGCUUUGAAAGCUGCAGGUUACACCGGUCCAGUUGUUUCUGUUGAUACCUUCAUUGCUAUUCUUGAAAACAAAGAGUUGUGUGACUACUCAGAUUACGCUGCUAUUAAUGCACACGCUUUCUUUGACGGUGGAAUCAAGGCCGCAAAUGCAGGCUCGUGGGUCUUAGAACAAAUUGAAAGUGUUGGUUCCACCUGUAGUGGUAAGAAGGUUCUCGUCACUGAAUCUGGAUGGCCAACAAAGGGUGAAACCAACGGUGUUGCAGUUCCAUCAGAAGCUAACCAAAAAAGCGCUGUUUCCUCUAUCGUGGAUACAUGUGGCAAUGAUGUUAUUUUAUUCACUGCCUAUAACGACCUUUGGAAAGCAGACGGUGCUUACAAUGCUGAAAAGUAUUGGGGUAUCUACAGUUCUUAG